AUGACUUCGCCGGCGCACACCCAGCCGGCGGCCACGCCACCAACCGCCGAUAAUUCUAGACUGAAUCUCCCUUUGAUUUCCAACAACUUCUCGCGCUCGAAGGCUCCUAUUGAAUCUAGGGCGUCUGAUGAUAAUUCGACUAGGGUUUUGGAGGCUGCUACCAAGAUUGCUCAUACGGAAGCUGACUCCUCGACAGUCCGCGAAAGUCUCUCGCCGAAGAACAGGUCUGAAGUUGAGGGUGAUCGUCAUGCCAUGAAGGAACAUAAUAAUCCUCAGAGGAUUUCCUAUGCGAACGUGAUUAAACCAGUAGCUACUAGAAAGCCGGAUGUCCUGGUGCACCGCUGCGCUGUUGUUCAGCCGGUUGUCAAUAACGGAGUGAUUUCCAUAAAGAUCCCGGAGACAAUGUAUCAAGAGCGUAUCAAACAAUUCCAACAUGCGCUGAUUGGGAGAGUGCUCCUACGCAAAGGAGAAAAACCUAGGUUGACUUCGGACUUGAAGAAAGAGCUACAGGUGUUAUGGCAGCCAAAGUCGGAUUGGAAACUUAUUCCAAUGAGCAAAGGUUUUUAUACGUUGAAAUUCACAACGGCAGAGGACAAACUUAAUUCUAAGCGCAAGAACUCUUGGAGCCUAGCCUCGGGCACGCUCAGGAUACGAGACUGGGUGAGAAAUUUUGAUCCGUAUAAAGAAAUCUCCUCGAUUUGUCAAGUGUGGAUGCGUAUUUACUAUUUACCUGUGGAAUAUUGGACUAAAGAGAUCAUAUCGAGCAUUGGCAACUCGGUGGGUGUCCCUAUCAAAGUGGAUGGAGCUACAGCGGACGGGGAUGUUGGGCAUUUUGCUAGGGUGCUUGUGGAGGUGGAUUUGGCUCUCCCUCUACCGGACUCUGUUCACGUUGACUGCCCGGAUCAAUCUUUCUAUGUGGAGAUUGGAUUUGAGCAACUGCCACACUUUUGUACCAAAUGCAAAAUCACGGGUCACUCCUUGGAUAAUUGCUUUAAAAAGAAUGUGGAAAAAGGGGGGAAGCAGUCGAAGAAACCCAUGGAAGGGGAUGUGGGUGACACCAACAAAGAGAAAAGUAAGAGCAACGAGGAUUUACAGUUUAGGAAGCCGAGGACAGUCUGGCAUACUAAAACUGAUAAGGAAACCGAGAAGCCUUCGGAAAACAGAUUCAAUGUGUUGAACUCUCAGCAUGUUUCCGAGCCGGUGGAAGUUGGCACUAUACCUGCUAGAGAGAAAGAAGCUCAGCGGAUUGAGCAGGAACUUAUCGCCGCGGAUCUGACUUCAGAUGAAGAAGAGAUGGAGACUAUUGAGAUGGAGCAGAAUCCGAAUAACUUAAGGGAUGCUCAGCAGACUAAUCAGCCUGACACAGACAUGGAAAGAGAUUUGGAGCCCACGGUUGAAGAAACGAACACUGCUGAUACUUUGGACAAAGGCCAGACCGAUUCAGUCUUGAGUGAGACUAAGGCUCGGAAUCGGGAUGAAGCGGACAUUACGGUGAAUCAAACUGCUAACUUGGAGCAAAUCAAGAAUGCGGAGGGAGCUGACAAGAAUAAGGAGACUUUGAAAACUGCAAAGAAGAGAGGCAGGCCACCCGGACAAACUCGUGCCGAACGUAAGCCGGAUCUGUCCACUGAUAACAUAAAAGGUCGACUCCGACGACCACCCCACAUGAGAGCUGAACCUAAUGAGGAAUCAAUGGAGCUUAUCAAGAAUCAACUCUAUAAGGCUUGGGAAGCUGGAGGAACACCCCGUGAAUUUGUGAUUACCAAUGAGGGAUCGUCAAGUGCCAAAGUGAUGACAAAGGUGGCAGCAAAAACCUGGGCUGAAGAAGUGGAGAGGGAGGAAUCCCUAGCCACAACAAACUAA